AGCUUUCUGAAAAGGAAUAAAAGUUAUGACGUAAGAGAAUAAUAACUUAAUGCCUGUUGAUGAAAUCUGGAGACAACUAAGUAAAGUAACUGAAACUGUAAACAGGAAUGUGGAAAGGAUGUCUUAAUUAUUAGAUCAACUUAUUACCCAUACACUUUCUAAUGAUGGCGAUUAUAUAGAAAUCCCUUAAAGGAAGGAGGAGCAUUUAAAGGAAAGAGAAAAAUAUGCAAAUGAUUACAAAAAAUGCGUACUCCGAGAAUUAAAUGAUAAACUGAGCUGGAGUAUUACAGGGUCUAAAAACAUUUGUAAUAAAUGUUAAAUGAUUUGCAAAACUAGAAAAGGCUACUUACUUCAUUUAUUAUAAAAACAUUGUGAGUACAAAUUCUAUUUGUGUAUAAAAUGUUAUGAUAAAUUUGAUAAUUUUAAUAAAUUUAAAUAACAUUUAUGCAAUAACCACGACGAUAUAAUGAUAUUUUAAUUGACAGAAUAACUAUAAUAAUUAAUAGAUCAUGGAGCAAUAGAAAUAUCAAAAGAAUGA